AGUCUCUGCCUGGCCGGGUCUUCCGUUACGCAAAUCGCGUACGCCCAGACCACCCACCUGUGGCAGCGCUACAACUCCCAUCCCUUCCUCACAGCCACUGAGGCCUCGCAGCGUGCCGCCGGCCGCGGGGGGAAGGGCGUCAGGUUAGUCCCGCAUCCCGCGAGGCACCAGCCUCUUCCCUCUCCUCCUCCACACACGCACCCGCCGACCCGGGCCGAGGGAGAGGCGGUGCUGCCACCUCGCGUGGAGCCGAGCGCGAGUGGGGCCGGGGGCCAUUGUGUCCGGACGGCGAGGUAGGUGCCCCGGGUGGCAGCUCGCAGCCCCGAGGAGCGGGAGGACGGGCGGAGGGGUGAAGCAGGCCUCUGCCUCGCGCUCGCCCGGACGUGUGGCCCAGGGCAGCGCUCCACGUGCCGCCAGCUCUUGAGGACAAGUGCGAAGGGGACGCCCGCCUCGGCACAGCGCAGCGCGCCAGGGGACGCCUGGCCUGAGGUACCUUCGCCGGCCCCCGGACCCCUCGCGUCACGCCAGCGGUGACCCACAGCCCGUGGCAGCUUCCAAAGCUGCACAGGUUCUUGAGGAGACGCUGAGCGGCAGCAGGACGGCGCUGGCAGCGGGAGAUCAGUGAGCGCAGUUUGUGAGUAGCAGCGUAAAAGGAGUGGGAGGCUGCUGUGCCGUCUCAGCUGCCGGCUGCCUGAGUGGUCCUGCUCACGCCUGUGAGGGGGACCUUGGCCGCUGAGUGACAAGCGGCAGCCAAAACUAGGUUUAGUUCUUCGGGCCUUUGAAGAACCGUGCUUGAAGGCGACUUUUAACUGUCUCUGCGGUGCUGAAAACAAGCGCGAAGGCGACCCUGGUGUGUGUGUUGGUGUUUACAAGUAAUACAGGAUAGGUAAAAAGAAGAUGUCAGGUCGUCGUGUCGCUGCAGCAUGUGAUAGACGUCAGCUGCCACGGGGCAUGGGUAGCAUGGCAUCCCCCCUCCUUGACCCGCGUCCACUUCGACUGCCGUUCCUUGAGGCUGACAGUCGCCUCCAAUCGAUUUGCGGGCGCUCGAUGCAGCAGCCUUCGCGGAGGAGCAUUCUUCGGUCGCGGCCGCCGCCGCCGCCUCCUCCCCUGCCGCCGCCGCCAAUCGAUGCGCUCAGGGCUCCGGUCGCCAUUUUAGGGGGAGAGCGAGGGAGGCAGAAGGAAGGGUCGGCCCCUCCAAGGCAUUCCUUGCUCACAAUGUAUAGAACAAAAGUCAGUUUGAAAGACCGUCAGCAACUUUAUAAACUGAUAAUUAGUCAGCUGCUAUAUGAUGGAUACAUAAAUAUUGCCAAUGGCUUGAUAAAUGAGAUAAAACCACAAUCAGUCUGUGCACCAUCUGAACAACUGCUGCACCUAAUUAAGCUAGGAAUGGAGAACGAUGACAGUGCUGUUCAAUAUGCAAUUGGACGGUCAGAUACGGUAGCUCCAGGCACAGGAAUUGACUUGGAAUUUGAUGCAGAUGUACAGACCAUGUCUCCUGAGGCUUCUGAAUAUGAGACUUGUUAUGUCACAUCUCAUAAAGGACCAUGUCGUGUAGCUACGUAUAGCAGAGACGGACAGUUAAUAGCUACAGGAUCUGCUGAUGCCUCAAUAAAAAUUCUUGAUACAGAGAGAAUGUUGGCCAAAAGUGCUAUGCCUAUUGAGGUCAUGAUGAAUGAGACAGCACAGCAAAACAUGGAAAAUCACCCCGUUAUUCGGACUCUGUAUGAUCAUGUGGAUGAAGUUACAUGUUUAGCUUUUCAUCCAACAGAACAGAUCCUAGCAUCUGGUUCAAGGGACUACACACUUAAAUUGUUUGAUUAUUCAAAACCUUCUGCCAAAAGAGCCUUCAAAUAUAUACAGGAAGCAGAGAUGUUGCGCUCAAUUUCUUUUCACCCUUCUGGAGAUUUCAUACUUGUUGGUACCCAGCACCCUACUUUACGACUGUAUGAUAUCAAUACUUUCCAGUGUUUUGUGUCUUGCAAUCCUCAAGAUCAGCACACUGAUGCUAUAUGUUCAGUAAAUUACAACGCAAGUGCAAACAUGUAUGUGACAGGAAGUAAGGAUGGAUGCAUCAAACUGUGGGAUGGUGUUUCAAAUCGCUGUAUCACUACUUUUGAGAAGGCACAUGAUGGAGCUGAAGUCUGUUCUGCUAUUUUUUCAAAAAAUUCAAAGUAUAUCUUGUCAAGUGGAAAAGACUCUGUAGCUAAACUAUGGGAGAUAUCCACUGGUCGAACACUGGUCAAAUACACAGGAGCUGGUUUGAGUGGACGACAAGUACACAGGACACAAGCUGUCUUCAACCACACAGAAGAUUAUGUGCUGCUUCCAGAUGAAAGGACCAUAAGUCUCUGCUGCUGGGAUUCAAGAACUGCUGAACGGAGAAAUCUUCUUUCUCUUGGGCACAACAGCAUUGUCCGUUGUAUUGUCCAUUCUCCUACCAAUCCUGGCUUCAUGACCUGCAGUGACGACUACAGGGCUAGAUUUUGGUACAGAAGGUCAACGACAGACUAAGGACAGCUUUAUAAAACAGUGAUUAUCCAGAUUCAUUAUAUUAUCUUGUAUUGAUUGUACUGCCAACAGAUGCCUAGAUGAAAGCCGUGCUGUGUCUGUUUUUUAAUUCUGUCAAACGUGGCAGAAAAAUAUCAAAAUACUGAGACUAAGUUUUGCCCCACACUAAUUUUUUUAUUAGUGUGUGUGGCAUUAAUUUUUGUAAGUAAUCUCUAAUUGUACUCAAGGAGGGGGGGCGGAGAAUAAAAUGAUCCUUGCAGGAAGGAUUAAACUUGUUCUCCCGUCUUUCUAAAUCCCGCGACAGAUAAUGUGACUGUAUCUUGCUCAAACUGGGCAGUAUAAGCCAGUUUUGCUCUGCAUUGUAUCUGUGCAAUCCCACUGAAGUCUGUUUAAAGAAUGGAUUACACAAGUGACAGCAGAACUUGGCAAAUAUUUUAAUGAAGCCUUAAGCUGCCUUCAGUUCUGAUUCAUUCUUUGUAAAGCUCUGUUUUGUAUCUUUUAGUCUGGGGGUUUUUUGGUGGAUUUUUUUUUUUUUUUUUAAUUGGCCAAGUGGACCUUCAGUUCUGAGCCAGUCUUGUGCCAUAAGAAUUUGAAACAGGAUUUUAAAUUGUUUAGAUGAAUUCAAGAAAUGGUGUUCUACUUCUGGUAUUAAAGCUCAGACUUGAAAUCUUGUCUUCUUUUGAAUUUAUCUUAACAAGUGGGACCUCAGAGUAAAUUCAUAGUAUUUUCAAGGAGUAUCCAUGUUGCAACUGUAAAAUGUGACAGUGCUGCAGCAUGUGAAAAUGAGAAUAAUUUUGCCAUAGAAACCUUUAGUAUCCUCUCAAAGAAACUUGUGCAUAUUUUUUUUUGUAUAUGUACCUCAGAAAUGUCACUUUGCUUCAUUUUUUUGAGAAAUUUUCCUUCUAUGUCUGUUACACAGCACUUGAAUUACAUUCUUUUUUUUUUUAAUUAUUCAAAAACCCAGACUUGCUGUUUCUUCUCCCCAUUAUCUCUAAUAGUCCAAGUUUCCCAGACCUCAUCCUAUUCAACAGGAGUACAGGUCAUUAAGAAGCUCUGUGCUUAAACCUUCUGUAAGUUUGAAAGUUCACUACUUCUUUUUACAGAUAGUUGCCUGUGCAAAGUUUUAAAUGUGUUCAUUCAAGCAUCCUUGUACAGUGCUCUUGGGCUUCACAUAGGGGAGGCUUCCUUCAGUCAGAAAUUCAGCACUUGCUUUCAUGAGGAUUUUUAAAUGUAAGAUUGUUCUUACUGCCGGAUUAACUUUCCAUUACCACUGAUGAAGUGUCUUGUCAAGGGCUGAUGAGGGUACAGGUUUUGUCUGUAUUUAAAUAAAGAUUACCUUUUAAAAAGUUAUUUAAUAUAUA